AUGCCCCUGAAGCCAACACCUUGUGCUUAUUAUGGGGAGCACAUGGAGUGGAGAGCGCCGAAGUACGAAGAGGUACGCAAAAUCUCACCCAUGCGCACAAGCCCUCAGGUGCGUGUAUCCAGUCUGGCUCCUCCAAAGCCAGCACCGCGCACCACGUUUCCCGAGCGGCAGCCUAGUCCAGCUCGACCUAUUCCGGCUCCCCGCACAAGCCUACAGGUGAGUGUCUCCAGUCUGACUCCCCCGAAGCCAGCACUGCACACCAGGCUUCCCGAGCGGCAGCCCAGCCCAACUCGUCCUACUCUUGCCCCUAGCACUAGCCCUGAGGUACGUGGGCCUAGUCCGGCGUCCCCUACGCCAGCCCCACGUACCAGGCCUUCAGUGCACGCACCUCGCCCAGAUGGCACAGCGACAGCGUCUCGCCCAGAGUGCCCAGCGACAGCGCCUAACCCAGAGUGGCAGACAACAGCGUCUCAGUCAGAGAGCCCGACGACAGUGCCUCAGCCCGAGUGUCCGGCACCUAUGCCCGAGAGAGAAUUGGCCCACAGUCCACGGCCAGAGUCACACGACAGUCCAGUGCAACCAGAGUCGCCCGUAGCGAGGGUCCCAAGUCCGAGGUCGACAAAGAGGGACCUCGCCCCAGAGUCUGCCAAGAAGAGGGGUGAGCAAGUGGCGGAGCGAGGAAUACGUCCCGCUCCAGAGCCACCUCCGUAG